CCGCGCACUCACACACACACGGACGGCAUGGCUGCAUGCGCCCCGCCACCGCCCCGCCACAUUUACGGUCUGUCUGCCCUCUGUCUGUCUUGCUGCGCCUGUGCUCUGAAGCUCUCCAACACCGACAGGGGAUCGAUCGUCAAACCAAGAUAUCCUGCACACACACCACACACACACACACGCAUCUCUCCACCACCCCUCCCGCUCCUCCCCUCCCUCCCUCCCUCCCUCCCUGCCACCCACACCCUCACCCCUGGCCAUCCAGUCUCCCUCCGUCUCUUCAUCAACAACUGGGAAGUCCCCAUACCGCCGAAUGAGCGUGUCGGUGAGCACCCGAGCGUCGCUGACGGUGUCAGCGAUGGUGGCGCCGUGGUAGCUGGUGCCCGCCACGUCCAGCCACGGCAUGUGCUGCGCGCGGUGGCGGUGCAGCGCUAUGAGCCUCUCGUGGAAGCCUACGGGGUAGAUGGGGAAGGCCUUUUCGCACCACCGGGCGCUCGUCUCGUCAGGGAGGGUGUCGAUGCGCAGGUGGCUGCGGCAGACCUUGACGGCCUCCCGCACUCCGUCCUCGAUGCUCGACACACCACCACCGCCACCACCACCACCGACCUCACCGUCACCAGCCUCGCUGCCCCUCCUGACCCUUAGCCACACGCCAAUCCUGUACACACACACAUGGAUGGAUGGAUGGAUGGAUGGGCGACCCAUUGGCACAGACGCAGCACACACACAAUGUGCUGUGUGGUGUGUGGUGUGGUGUGCUGACGGCUGACCGAGUCAUCAUCUUGGUGACAUUGAGGUUUGGGAAUAUGUUGGAGUCCCAGAACACGCCCAGCAGGUGGGGGUGCACAGACGGCGGACACGCGUACCCCAGACCCUGUGGUGUGGGCAACGAAAGCAGCACAUCCCACUAUGCGUGGAUCGGAUCACCCACUUUCCUUUUUCCCAUGUACUCUGAAUCGUUUGUCGAGGACGGGCUUGUUGUAGCCCAGGUUGACCACCACGGCAGACUCGUGGGCGGCGACAAAGGAAUCCAACAGCCCACACACCGUCGUCCCAUCACCGUCCGCGAUCACGCCAUCAAACUGCAUACACCCAACCCAAGAAAAGCAGCAGCGGUAGCCACGUUUGGCGCAGUUCACUGCUUCCCCACUCACAAACACCCACCCACUCACACCCACCUGGCUAUGGCGAAGCACGGCUGCCAGGUCGUCGGGCGGGAUGGCUGCUAUGACGUGGUCCGCCAGGAUGGGAGGACCACCUGACGAGUCGGCAAAGGACACCUCCACCUUCCGACAAACACACAGGCAGACAGACAGACAGCAGGUGGCCGUGUACAAUCAACACAUCACGUCUUCUGCAUCCCUCUCCCUUCAUGUACCUUCUCGCCAGUGGGUCUCAUGGCUGCCACUCUGGCGUCGGUCCUCAGCUCAAGGAAGGGUGUGGGUGCGUCGGUGGUUGUGGGUGUGAUUGUGGGUGUGCCCCGGUAUCCGUCAGCCUCCUUGAGCGCCUGCACGAGCACUCGUAUGAGUGCCUCACAGCCCUCGUGAAGCGUGAAGGUGCGGCCGCCCUCAUACUGGACCUGCACAGAAACAGCUACGGCAUGGCUGCCCCCCAUGUGUGCGUGUGGAUGGCUACACACCGACCGCCUGAUUGAGAGGGUCCCAUGGCGGGAUGUCCAGCCAGCUGUCCUUGGAAGCAUACACAAAGUCGCUGACACACCACACCCCACACCCACACCCACACACACGAUGGGAACAUGAGAGCGGCUCCACUCCCCAUGUUGGUCCAUCUCACCCUCUUCUGGGGAAGAGCAGCGCCCGCAUCAGCGACCCCCUCCGCCUCUCCAGGAACCACAGACGCGGGAAGUGCGACCGCGUCGACAUCUGCCGGGCGUCGCCGCCCAGCAGUGCGCGGCAGUAGGGCACGAUCAAGUCAUCCGUGGUGCGCCGACCAACACGACGGACGGCAAAGUCAUACACGCUCUCAUCCUGACCGACACACCGACAGACACACACACACACAGGCAGACAGAGGGAGAUACAGGUAAGUGCGUGGCGAUUGAGUGUCUGGCCUGGCGACCGACCUCUGCGUUGCCUGGCGGGACGAACAUCUCCCUGAGCAAGGCCGGUCCAUAUCUGAGAAGGUCGAGGCGGCUGGGGACGCGCCUGAUCUUGCCGUUGAUGUGGAGAAAGCGGUCGUUGCCCUUGCUCUUGGAACUCCCCGGAAUCACUGAGUAGGGUGUGCCCCACACACGGACACACACACACACACACACACACACACACACACACACAGGACGACAGACAGACAGACAGACAGACGACAGACACGUGUGACGCUCUCCUUCGCUCUCUCCGUUCCGUUCCCUCUGUCUUACCGAGCAUGCCUGCGCCGAGCAUUUUGAGGAGUCCGAGCAGCUCGCGGCCGCCCUUGGUGAGAGUGAAGAAUCGAGGGCCCUGCUCGAACAGGAACGACCCCUUCAUCUCCGUCUGCACCCAACCGCCCCACCGAGAGGAUCCCUCCACCUGCACACAAACACACACACAUACAUACAUUUGUGCCACAGGUUUGAUUGUCCGGCUGUGUGUGCUUCUCUCUGGUUCCUCGUCGCUCUCUCUCUCUGACCAGGGUGAGGGCGGCCUGUGGGAGUCCGCAUCUCAGGAGAUAGGUCGUGACGAGUCCGGCGACUCCGCCGCCGAUGACGCUGCAGAUCCAUCCGGCGCAGUGCAGAACGAACAUACAUAAAGGCACAACCAACACGUACGUGUAUUCAUUUCAUUAAUCUCCUCGCAGAGCGCCUACCUCGUACAUACCAAAAGUGUGGAGUUCGACUCAUCGCAGAUGCGGCAUUUUGCCCAGAUCCAGCUCGCUAUCCUUCUCAGCACACUUUUCCCACAUCAUUGGCCCCCGCAGUUACUCCCCAGAAGCAGCCAGCGGUUUCGGC